ACGGYGCGUUUUAUGAAAGUMGGAAUGAUGCAUUUUAUAUCUCUUUACAGAUGGUAUUCGAGGAUUUGUUUAGGCCAUCAUUUCCAAGAUAUUAAGCUCUUGAGUAGCAGACAUUUAAGCUCUACCAACAGUAUAGACCUAUCUAGAAGAUCAUAUUGGGAGAAGUUUUAUGUACAGUUAAAUAACAAGAAUUUUGAGUGGUUUCUAGGCUAUGAAGAUCUUAAAGAACAUCUCAAUAAUGUCCUUAAAGAAGAUUCAAAGGAAAUACCCAGGAUUCUUGAAAUUGGCUGUGGUACAUCUAAUUUAAGUUUGCAAAUAUUUACUCAUCUUCAAGGUAGGUGUAUUAUUCAUUGUGUUGAUUUCUCCAAGGAGGCUAUUCGAAUCAUGAAUUCACGCCUUGAGAAACUGACAACAGAAAGGAGAAUAUUUGCACAGUGUAAAUCAGGARAACUAGUAUCUUUCCAAGUUGCAGAUGCUCGUUCCCUUCCCUUCAACAAAGAACAAUUCCAUCUUUUGAUUGACAAAGGAACUUCUGAUGCUAUUUUGCGAGCUGAAAAUGGAGAGGAGGAAUUCAUUAAAACAGUGACUGAAAAUCUCAGGGUUUUACGAAAUGGUGGGACUAUUGUGCAGGUUUCAGAUGAAGGUCCUGAAUCUCGGAUGGAUUUGUUAGACAAGGUUACAAAAUCCCAUCCAGGAUGUUCACUCAAUACUCGAUGCAAAAACUUGGGAUGCUUUCAAGGAAUCGAGUAUUUCUUUUAUACAAUUAAUAAAAAACUGAUCCAAAAAUAAAACUAACUCAUGUAGUGUACAGAAAAAUAUGAAAUAGUAAAAAUGCAUAUCAAAUUUCCAAUGAGCAUGUGCAUUGCACAACAAUUCAAAAUAUUCUAUCCCACAUGGAAGAACAACUAGUCUGACAACAGAUAUGAACUGAUUUACAAUCUAGCAAAGGUCAAUGAUUUAUAAUGUGAUAUUGAGACUUUUACAAUUUUUGGGUUGUGAUCAAGUGCUGAUGAAUUUUUUUUAUCUGAUAUAGAACUGAUGAAUAAAACAUCAGUAUUUUAUCAUGAUGUACAAGCUCAAUCAUGUUAACAAUGAAACAAGUUCCCUUGGAAUGAGAGAUAAUGCAUCAUAAAUGAGUUCUAGAAGUUUUCUAUAGAACUCAAACUCGAGUUCUAUAAACAGCAUAUUUAGAAAAUUUCAUGU